AUGACAAUCAAGGAUAAUAUAUUAGAUGCGGAGAAUCUUGGCAUUGUAGAUUUGAAACCUGCCUUCGAAAAAAGAUAUUUGAAAGACGAUGAUCAAAUACGUCUCAUCUUGGAAUCCCGAGCCAAAAAUACUACUAGGUCAAAGCGUUCGCUCUCGGAUCUUGGUUAUAAUUACAAGUUCCGUCAAGCUACUGCGUUAAAGCCUGAAGAGGUCAUAAGAGCCAUAAAAGCACUCAAGUAUGAGGGAAAGAUCAAAGGGAGCAACUAUUACUUUAGCAUACCCUCUCGCGAGUCAGUUAUCUAUGUUAAGGAGUACGAUCAGAUCCUUCUUAAGGAGAAACUCUUUCGGUGUUCCUUUCGUAACCUAAAAAUGUCUCAUAGGGCUACAAUCACAUCUUGCAUACUGUCAAUCAUCUCGUAA